UGCUCAGUGGCAGUAGUAGCUGCAGAUGGCCUCCGUCGCCUCUACCGCCGUGUUCUCCCCCGCCGUUAGCAGCCCGAAAUGGCGCAGCUCAAAACCGCAGCGGAGCCUCGCCAACUUCCGGGCAAAGCCCGUGAAUCUUCCGUGCCGCCGUCCCAGUUUGAGGGUUUGCGCCUCUGUCUCAGCCCCGAGCACGGAGCUGCGGACUGGCCCUGAUGAUCUUGUCGCUUCGAUUCUCUCCAAGGUAUUGGAAACAGAUGGAGGAGUUUCAUUGAAACCGAAAGAACACCAGGAGGUGGCUGAAGUUGCUUCAGAGUUGCAGAAAUAUUGCAUCAGUGAACCGGUGAAAUCCCCUCUCAUAUUUGGAGAUUGGGAUGUCGUGUACUGUUCGAGACCUACGUCCCCUGGAGGUGGUUACAGGAGUGCUGUCGGUCGCCUCUUCUUUCAGACGAAGGAAAUGGUUCAGGCCCUUGAAGCUCCCGAUAUCGUGAGGAACAAGGUCUCCUUCUCUCUUCUCGGAUUCCUUGAUGGGGAGGUCUCCUUGAAAGGGAAGUUGAAGGCCCUUGAUUAUGAAUGGAUUCAAGUAAUCUUCGAGGCCCCUCAGCUGCAAUUAGGAGGACUUGAGUUCAGUUAUGGCGGGCAGAGUGAAGUGAAAUUGCAGAUAAUGUACAUUGACGAGAAGAUCAGACUGGGAAAGGGCAACCGAGGCUCGCUGUUUGUGUUCCGGAGACGAUAAGACCGCGUUUAGUGCUGGAACGGAACGAAUUCGAGCUGUGAGAGUCUCAUUGAGGACGCCCGAACUGAUUAUGCUUCAUUUUAGUUUCCCGGGAUGCAAUGUGGAGUAGUAAAAUGGGUGAGAUAUAUAUCAAACGUCAUAAUUGCACAUGUAAUCAGGUAAUCUGCAAUUAUACCUGUGGCUGUGGACCUUAAUAACAAGUUGUUCGUUAGUUUCUGCUCAUCGACUUGACUCGAGUA